AAAAAUCGAAGAUACGGGAACUCAGCAAAAAACAGAAAGAGGGGAUGAAAGGCAAAAGGAUGAAGAAACUAAUCUCCGCAAUCAAAUCAACGACAAUCUUUCACCAAUAAAGGAUAACUCUUCCAAUUCUAACUUCCUCCCUUCCUCCACUGAUAUCCAAAACCAUUAUAAUUCAGAUAAGGACAAAUCAGAAAUAGAAAAUAACCCUAACUUAAUUACUCCAGAACAAAAAGUGCAAGCCAAUGAACUCUUAAAAAUAGUAAUUAGUGGUGAGUUACUAAUUAAGAAAAAACGAUUUAAUCGAGAAAUCUUAACUAAACUAAUUACUGAAAAAAAGAAUAAUACUUUUCUUUAUCAAUUAUUAAAUAAAGAAAGUAGAAUAGAUAAAGUAAUUAGUAAAUUAGAAAGUAUUCAACAAUCUCAAAAAAAAAAAUAUCUCUGGGAAAUUGGAAUAAAAAAUAAAACAAUAAAGUCCGCCCAAACCGAAAUAGAUAAUUUAGAAGAAGAAAACGAGGAAUUAUUUCAAGAAAAUGAAAGUUUGCGGGAUGAAUUAGAAGCCGGAUUAAAAGAUAAACAAAAUAAAGAAAGUCGCCUUAAUAAUUUGUUUAAGCAGCGGCAAGUUUUUCAAAAUAGAUAUAAUACUGAAAAAGAAAAAGUUAGUAAUUUAGUCCUAGAACUCCAAAAAGAGCAAGCAAAAAAUGAUGAUGUUCAGCAUAAGUUAUUCGAAACUGAACAAGAAAAUAGGAUGCUCAAAUAUAAAAAUAUUGAGUUAGAAACUGAUUUAAACAAUGCUCUCCAAAAGAAAAGCGAAUUAAGAAAAAGGCUUAUUGAAAUCAAAAGGAGUCACAAGUCCUCAGUUCAAAAGGCUCAAGCAGCUAAUUUAUGCCGAGAUUUAAUUAAAUAUGAAAGUAUUGGGGAACUGGAAAAUGAUAAAGAUAAUGUGCUUAAACAAUUUAUUUCUCAAUCUACCGGUUCGCUAAUUGAAACGGUGGCUAAUUGUCAACAACAUUUAAAACUCACUGAUUUAACCCAAAUUAAAACUACUCACCCUAUGCCCGAAGGUAAAAGUUUAGAAGAUUUAAUUACUUUUUAUCACGCUAACCAAACUAAGACUCCAACUCCCACUCAACCAACCAUUACCAAAUUGGAGUCCGGAGAACCUAAUGAAACCAUAAUCGUGAACCAAAUCAUUCAAGAAUGUGAUUUAGGUCUUAACCAAAAUAGUAGUUUAAAUCAAGUAAUUAGCCAAAUUAAUAAACUAAUUAAAACUAAACCACCAACCAUUAAACCUGUCAACCAGCCAAGUGAUAAUCCGUUUGGCGAGAGUUUAGAAAAAAUUGCAGAGAUUGAUUUAAAUGGUUUAGAAAAGGAAUUAGGAAUUAAGUUGUCAAGUGAAAUAAAACAACAAAUCAAGCAAGCCACUAACUACCAAGAAUUAAGUUCCCUGAGAAAUCAAGAAAUUAAGAGUUAUUUAGAGAGAAAUCAAGGAAGUGUAAUAACUAGUCAGCCACAGCAAGAAGUAGUUAAGUUGUUUGGAAAAGAAAGAAUAGUCUGGGUCAGUUGGCUAGUGAUAAGUUUAUUAGUGAUCGGCGGUCUCUUAUUAAAAAUAAAGCCUUUAACCGCUAAAAAACCUAGUAGCAAAAAAGAUAAAUUAAGAGAAUAUAUUGAAAUGAAAAGCAAAGAGGAUAUUUUUGCGGAUUACGGCAAGGCUUUACAAGAUAAAGAAUUAGAAGCCGAAAAGGAAUUAUUAGAGAAUGACUUUGACUAA